AUGCCCUCCUCGCCAAAGGCAUUAAACCGCAUCCUGGCUCUGCCUGCGAAAUACCCCUUCGGAAGAAGGUGCCACAGCCACCAGCGUAUCCUCUUCCUCUUCGCCCUGAUCCUCCUGGUCUCGUCCGGGUCUAUGCUCAUCCUCCAUACCACCUCCUCAUCCUUUACUCGAUUCGAUUCCCUGGAUUCCCUGUCCUGUCAAACCUCCGCAUCCUAUUCAUCCUCCUCAGACUGCCAGACACCUGAUUACAAGGGUACAUACCAGAAUGGCCGACCUCGAACAGCCCUCCCCCGACCUGCAGAGAAUCUAGGCAUCGACAGACCGGAACAGGACUCGAAAGCAGCCGCGGACUCGUCUGAAGAUACCACGCAGAGCCCACCUUUAAACUCAGGAAGCAAUAACAGCGACAAUGAACAGGAGAUAGAAGAAGAGACGGUCGUUGCCAGGCCGUUCGAAGAUACACUGGACAAACACGACACAAAGUAUCUGACCUACCUACCUUAUGCCGGGAUCACCAAUCAGUUCUAUGGCAUGCUCCGCGGAAUGGAGGUCGCAAAAGCCCUUGGUCGCACUUUGAUUAUCCCACCCAUCACUGCCUCGUCCCAUGACAAGUCCAAGCAGAACCAGCCGUGGUCCAAGUUCCUGGACCUGGCCAGGUUUACAGAGUUGACGGGCAUCAAGAUAGUGGAGUUCCAUCAACUGAGAGAUGCAGAACAGGCGGAGCUCAGCGAACUCAAGUGCGGGAUCACCUGUGGCUUUGGAUCGAAGCGUACGAUCGAUUUUACUGCCAAAAGCUUUCUGAAGCAAUGGAAGUUCAAUGUGACACUGGAACCACUUGCUGCCGAUGUCACCAAGCUGGAGAUGAUCACCUCUAUGUUGGCGCCUCGGAAGGAUGAAAAGUACCUCUGCAUAUCCAACACAUACAAGAUCAUGGUCAAGGACAAGUCCGAGUGGGAGCGAUUCGGACAGCAUUUGCACUUUACGGAGGAACUCGAGUCAUUUGUGGAAGACUUCAUGGAGGAGAAUCUGGUCAAGCCGGAACCCAAGGUCGAUCCCAAGACAAAGCAGGAGAUCGAGCCGGAGUACGAGUACCUUGCGAUCCAUGUGCGACGAGGAGACUUUGCAGCGUACUGCGAGGGCAACUUCCAGGGGCCAAAGAUGGUGCACUGUCUGCCAUCGACAGAGCAGAUUGCGGAGAGAAUAGACGUGGUGCAGUCGAAGCUGAACCUGAGCAUGGAUUUCUCCAAGAUGCUGCCAGUGUUUGUGGCGACGAACGAGAGGCGACCUGAGGAGCUGAAGAAGUUUGCAGACCUUGGAUGGCGUUAUCUGGAUCAUGAACAGAUGGGUACGGCCGAGAGACUGGGUGUGUUCGGACCGAUGAUGGUAGACCAGGUGUUUAUGGCACACGCGCAAGGUUUCGUUGGUAUCCAGAUGAGCACGUUUUCGAGAGUUGGUGUACUUCGUCAGCUGGACUGGCACGGGCGCCAGGCCGAGUACAUGUAA